AUGCCAGUUCCAACAGAGGUGGUUUCAAGAAUCAGAUCUUUUGCUCUGGCUAGCAAUAAAAAGCAACCAACUCGACCCACCCAAGUGCCGAACAUACUCUGGCGUUUUUCGAACGAUGAUUCCAUGGGAAUCAAUCAUCGCUCUGGCUAUAUCGCGAAUGCUUUUCUUAAUGAGAUUGGAAAUAUUCCCACUCCAGAUGAACGAGCUGAGGAAUUUCCCACAUGGUUGGAGAUCCAUGUGAGGCCACGCAAGAUCCCUUCGCCAUUUAUCUCCACGUCGACUGACCCGCUUGUAGCGGUCCAUCGUGCGCUUACCAGAGGCCAAAACGCCAUUGUUUCAAUUAUUGACUCAACCCAGAUCGAAUCUCAAAAUAUCUUUUAUAUGAAGGAUUUAAUGAAGCAAUACAACAUCUACACGCCUGGUUACCGAGGAGCCAAGGAAUAUGUUGUCUGGGGAACUAUCUGUCGACCAGCGAUUAUCUCAUCGAUUAGGGCUGACGAAUUUAUUCAGAUCGCAAAUUCGCAUUCUGAUAUUAAAGCUGCUUUCCAGCUGGAUACCAUCUCCGCCUCUCCAAACUGUAAAAGCCAACUUCAUAACCGUUUGGCAUUGGAGACCUUCGAGAGUGACUUUGCAAUUGGAAAGACUGUUGGCAAGUUCCUACGCAUCAUUCGUUUACACCCCGUCUACUUGGAAGAUGUUUCCAAGUCCUUGAAUAUGUCUUGGUCAUUUACAGUCGCGGAGGAUACGGCUGAAUUUACUCGAGGCGUGAAACACGGAUUUGACACCACCAUGGCGCCAUCGUCACCUGUUCAUGUGCCUGAGAACACGUUUCACAGUCAGGAAACAAUCAUUCAAAGCCAGGAUAGAAGUACUUCUGAUAAUGUUACCCAGGAAGUUGCCCAUAAUGUUGACUCUCAAGACUACGUUAUAGUCGAUUAUCCACAGCAGGAAGAUGUUGCACACGAUAUUAGACAAUCUAUGGACCGUUUCAGUAUUGACGACGAUGCUGAGGGAUUCUUUGACCAUCAACAUGAUACAGUCAAUCGAUCAUCUCCAGUGAUUGCAACGACAACACCGACCUGCAGAAUAUCAGUCUUUAAACCAGAAUCUGAAUCAUGGGUUAUGGUUCCUGAGACGCAACGCCUCACUACACCCAUCGCAGAGUCCGUUGAAAAUGUGUUACCCGCCUCGAGCUCUCCAGAUGAUAAUGAUGAUGUUGAUGGGGAAACUAUGCAGAUCAAAACAGAAAUGCCUACAACUCCUACUAGUAACCAUACUAGGAGCUAUAGUCAGAGCAGUGAAUCAACUAUCAGCGCACAAACCCCAGUCGCGCACCAUCGCUUCUCUCAAGAACGCGCACAUAUCAACCGGGUAUUAGGUUAUGACUGGCCAACUUUUUGGGAUUCACUACAUCAAGUCGGCAGUCAAUAG